CCGCCCCCCCGGUGCUGCCCCCGCCCGCCCAGCGCCGGAGCGCGGCCCCGCGGCGCGGCCCCGGCGGAGCAUGGCGGGCACGGGGGCCGCGGGGGGCGCCGGGGGGGGAGCGGGGGGGCCGGUGCCGCUGUGGUACCACCGGGACCUGAGCCGGGCGGCGGCCGAGGAGCAGCUGGCCCGGGCGGGGCGGGACGGCAGCUUCCUGGUGCGGGACAGCGAGAGCGUGGCGGGGGCCUACGCGCUGUGUCUGCUGUUCCAGAAGCACGUCCACACCUACCGCAUCCUGCCCGACGAUGAGGACUUCCUGGCCGUGCAGACGUCACAGGGGGUGCAGGUUCGCCGCUUCAAGACGCUGAGCGAGCUGAUCGCCCUGUACCUGCAGCCCAACCAGGGGCUGGUUUGCACCCUCCUCUUCCCCGUCGAGAGGGACAAGGACAAGGACCCCGCCGAGGACAGGGACUACUCAGAUGGAGAGGACGAGAAGCCGCCGUUGCCGCCACGUUCCGGCUCCACCAGCAUCUCCAGCAGCUCAGGGGGGCUCAGCCCCACGGGGCUGGGGCCAGAGGGGGGGGCAGAGAGCACCAACGGGCUGAGCAGCAUCUCCCACGAGUAUCUGAGGAGCAGCUACACGCUGGACCUGGAGGCGGUGAAGGGGGGGGCCAGCAGCCUCCCCCACCUCAACAAAACCCUCGUCGCCUCCUGCAAACGGCUGCACAGCGAGGUGGACAAGGUGCUGGGGGGGCUGGAGAUCCUGGCCAAGGUGUUUGACCAGCAGAGCCCCCCCAUGGUGUCCAAGAUCCUGCAGCAGGCGGGGGGGCAGAGCGGGGAGCAGGAGCUGGAGCAGCUGGUGCUGAAGCUCUCGGUGCUGAAGGAUUUCCUGGCCAGCAUCGAGAAGAAGGCACUGAAGGCCCUGCAGGAGAUGAGCUCGGCUGCCCCCCCCGCACCCCCCCAGCCCCUCUCCCGCAAGGCCAAGUGCAUCCCAGUGCAGACCUUCGAGGUGAAGCUGGACGUCACCCUGGGGGACCUGACCAAGCUGGGGAAGUCGCAGAAGCAGACGCUGAGCGUGGACGUGGAGGGGGGGCGGCUGGUGGUGCUGCGGCGGCAGCGGGACGCCCAGGAGGACUGGAACACCUUCACCCACGACAAGAUCCGGCAGCUGAUCAAGUCGCAGCGGGUGCAGAACAAACUGGGCAUCGUUUUUGAGAAGGAAAAGGACAAAACGCAACGGAAAGAUUUUGUUUUCGUCAGCGCGCGGAAGCGCGAGGCGUUCUGCCAGCUCCUGCAGCUGAUGAAGAACAAACAUUCCCAGCAGGACGAACCCGACAUGAUCAACAUCUUCAUCGGCACCUGGAAUAUGGGCAGCGUGCCCCCCCCGAAAAACAUCACGUCGUGGUUCACCUGCAAGGGGCUGGGGAAGACGCUGGACGAGGUGACGGUCGCCAUCCCCCACGACAUCUACGUCUUCGGCAGCCAGGAGAACUCGCUGGGGGACAGGGAGUGGGUCGAUGUCCUCCGUGCCGCGCUCAGGGACGUCACCGAGGUCGAGUACCGCCCGGUGGCCAUGCAGUCCCUGUGGAACAUCAAGGUGGUGGUGCUGGUGAAGCCGGAGCACGAGAACCGCAUCAGCCACGUGGGCACCUCCAGCGUCAAGACGGGGAUCGCCAACACCCUGGGGAACAAGGGCGCCGUGGGCAUCUCCUUCAUGUUCAACGGCACCUCCUUCGGCUUUGUCAACUGCCACCUCACCUCCGGCAGCGAGAAGACAGCGCGGAGGAACCAGAACUACCUGGACAUCCUGCGCCUGCUCUCGCUGGGGGACAAGCAGCUCAGCUCCUUUGACAUCUCCCUCCGCUUCACCCACCUCUUCUGGUUCGGGGACCUCAAUUACCGCCUGGACAUGGACAUCCAGGAGAUCCUCAACUACAUCAGCCGCAAGGAGCUGGAGCCGCUGCUCAAGGUGGAUCAGCUCAACCUGGAGAAGGAGAAGCACAAGGUCUUCCUGCGCUUUGGCGAGGAGGAGAUCACCUUCCCCCCCACCUACCGCUACGAGCGGGGCUCUCGGGACACAUACGUCUGGCACAAGCAGAAGCCCACAGGGGUCCGCACCAAUGUGCCGUCCUGGUGUGACCGCAUCCUCUGGAAGUCCUACCCUGAGACUCACGUCAACUGCAACGCCUACGGAUGCACAGACGACAUCGUCACCAGCGACCACUCGCCCGUCUUCGGCUCCUUCGAGGUGGGGGUGACGUCCCAGUUCGUCUCCAAAAAAGGGCUCUCCAAGUCCUCCGAGCAGGCGUACAUCGAGUUUGAGAGCAUCGAGGCCAUUGUGAAGACGUCCAGCCGCACCAAGUUCUUCAUCGAGUUUUAUUCCACGUGCCUGGAAGAGUUCAAGAAGAGCUUUGAGAAUGACAGCCAGAGCAGCGACAACAUCAACUUCCUCAAGGUGCAAUGGUCGUCCCGGCAGCUGCCCACGCUGAAGCCCAUCCUCUCCGAGAUCGAGUACCUGCAGGACCAGCACCUCCUGCUCACUGUCAAAUCCCUCGACGGCUACGAGUCUUACGGGGAGUGCGUCAUCGCCCUGAAGUCCAUGAUCGGCAGCACGGCGCAGCAGUUCCUCACCUACCUGGCACACCGGGGCGAGGAGACGGGCAACAUCCGCGGCUCCAUGAGGGUCCGGGUGCCCGCCGAGCGCUUGGGCACCCGCGAGAGGCUCUAUGAGUGGAUCAGCGUUGAUAAGGACGAGACGGCAGCUGGCAAAGGGAAGGUGCCGCUGGGUGCCAGAGCCAACCAGGACAGUGCCAAGUCAGUGGUGCGGAAGCCCCCCGGUGCCGAGCCGCCCCCCGCCACCCCGGCAAAGCUCCCAGAGGAGCCCGAGAAGGGCAGCACCGCGCCAGCCCCCCGGCCGCCCCCCGCCGCCCCCCACCGCAGCACCACCAGAGACGAGGCCACCUCGAGCCGGUGCAGGGCAGAGGUGACGGCGGAACCGGUGGCAGCGGGGGGGCCGCUGAAAAACAGCUUCAACAACCCCGCCUACUACGUGCUGGAGGGGGUUCCACACCAGCUGCUGGCACCGGGGGACCCCGGCAAACCGCCCCCCGCCAAGGUCAAGGUGCAGGUGCCGGUGCCCGAGCGGCGCCGGCACCCCUCGGCUGGGCAGCGCCGCGGUGACGAGAGCUCCUCGGACGAGGACACCGGGACCCUCAACCUGCCCCCCCCCGAUUUCCCCCCCCCGCCGCUGCCGCGGGAGCUGGAGCUGCCCCCCCCCAACCCCUUCUAUGGCAGCGUCAAGGAGCUGCCGGCACCCUAUGGGCGCGAGGAGCCCAAACCGCGGCUGAGCCCCGGGGCUGCCGCAUGUGGCGAGUCCCCCCCUGCACCCAAACUGCACCCGCGGCCCCCCCUGGCUGCCGGCGCUGCAUUUGGGCUGGAGGGGCCCGGUGGGACCCCCGCUGCCGGGGGGCUGCCUGCAGCUGGGGGGCUGCCCGUGGCGGGGGGGCUGCUGGACGACCGCUCCUGCUCGGUGCUGCAGAUGGCCAAGACGCUGAGUGAGGUGGAUUACGGCGGCGAGAAGGGGCGGGUGGCCCCCCCGCCUCAACCGCUGCUGGCCAAGGGGGGGCGGAUGGAGCUGCCCCCCCGCUGCCUGCCCCCGGACUAUGGCCACCCCCUCGCCUUCCCCCCCCACUCCAUCCGGGAGAGCAUCCAGGAGGACCUGGCUGAGGAGGCGCUGUGCCCGGCGACCCGUGGCGUGCGCACCGUACCCGGCGUGGGCGAGUGGCUGCGGGCGCUGGGGCUGGAGCGGUACGAGGAGGGGCUGGUGCACAACGGCUGGGAUGACCUGGAGUUCCUCAGUGACAUCACGGAGGAGGACCUGGAGGAGGCCGGUGUGCGGGACCCCGGCCACAAGCGCGUCCUCUUGGAGAGUCUCCAGCUCCGCAAAUAGCCGCGGCCGAGCAUCCCGCAUCCCGCGGCCGAGGGUCCCGCAUCCCGCGGCUGAGCGUCCCGCAUCCCGCCAUCACCAGCAGCACCCAUCACCAGCAGCUGGCGGGAGCACCGGGACGCGGGGUGCUGGGUAACGGCGGGUGGGGGGAGGACUGGGGGGGUACAGGGGGGUGGUGGGUCCUGGUCAGACAAUUUCAGGGGGAUGGUCCCAGCCAAAGGGGCCUCCCCUCAUUUUAAGUUAUUUUUUAUUUAUUGAGAGAAGGGAUCGAGCAUAUGUCUUGGGGGGGGCGGGGGGGGGUCCUGCAGUCCGGGUGAGGGUUUUGGGGUGAGUCCCGGGAAAACCCAGCUCCUACUGUCACCCCUCGCAGCCAGGGAGGAAGAGGAGGAGGAGGAGGAAGCUCGGAGCAAAGUUGUGUUUCAACAAAGUGCCUCUGUGAUGCCCGGCUGGUGCUGGGAUGGGAUGGGAUGGGAUGGGAUGGGAUGGGAUGGGAUGGGAUGGGAUGGGAUGGGAUGGGAUGGGAUGGGAUGGGAUGGGGGGGCUCUGGUAGCCCCCAUGCACAACACUCGGCAGCGCUUUGGGUGCCCGUCCCCCACCCUGGGGAUCCCGUCCCCACUUGGGUCAUCCCACCACCGCAGAACCGGGUCAGUGCCUUCCCCCACCGCCCCCCCGCCACCAUCAGUGCCUCUGGGGUGUCCCCCCACACUCCCAGUUUGCCCAUUUUAGGUACUUGCUGGAUCCGUCCCCUCCUGGGCUGUGUCACCCUUGGUGCACAGGGUCCCCCAUGGGUGCUCAGCCCCCAGCCUCACCAAGUGCCCUUUCAGGGGGGUCCCCAGGGCAGAGGGCCCCAGCGUGGGGGUCCCCCAGCUGUGCCUUCCCCCCACUUCCCUGCUGGAGUGAACUGCCCCAGGCUCUCCGUAUCCCCGUGGGUCACCCCCCAGGGGUGAUGGGGGGUUGAUGCUCAGUCCGGCUCCUUGGAUCCCCAAGACCCCCAGUGCUCCCCAGUCCCCCUGUCUGGGCCCCAUUGCUGCCGCUGCUCUGGCUGAGAUGAAGGAAGGGCAGGACACCCCCCGGCAGCCCCCCCGCAAUCUCCACCCCGUUUGCUAACGGGGCCUUUGGUGUGAACUUAAUCCUACUAAAAAUGCCGUCAUGUGCUGCCCUGUA